AAAAAUAAUGCCAUUUUAUUUGACAGAUGGAAUGUGUUAUAAUCAAUUUAGUAUUAAUUCCAAACAUAAAUAAAUAAACAACUUGGGCCUCUAGCUGUAAGUGAAAUUCUAUAGGUAGGAAAACUGACUGACCCCCACCUCCCAUAGGUGCUGUCCUGCUGUGGAAUCCCUUUGCUCAGUUUUCUCCUAUCCAAUCAGGUGGAAUGUUUCACAGGCACAUGGUUUAUACAGCUCAAAAUAACUUGGGACCUGUGAGCUGACAAAUGCUCUGGCUCCGGUGGUGACAGGUUGUCCAGCUUCUAACAGCCCUCUUCACUGAAACUAAGGUUAACUCCUCACUCUAUGGACGGCUACUCUCCAUUUCCAAGGACGUGAAGAAUUUUCUUUUUCUCCUGUGGUUUCAUCUAAAAGUUCUCCUUGGAUAAUUAUUGUCACGGUGGAGUGCUUGGUUUGGACAUCCUCAUCUGGGUCAACUAAAAAAAGAAAGCAUGCAAGACGACAGCCUAGAAGCUUCUACUUCCAUAUCUCAGCUUCUAAGAGAGAGCUAUUUAGCUGAAACUAGACAUCAGGGAAACAAUGAGAGGAGUCGAGCAGAGCCUUCCUCCAACUCUUUCCAUUUUGGCAGUCCUUCUGGAGCUGCUGAAGGUGGAGGAGGCCAAGACGACCUUCCAGAUCUUUCAGCCUUUCUGAGCCAAGAAGAAUUAGAUGAAAGUGUCAAUCUGGCAAGACUGGCCAUCAAUCACGACCCUUUGGAGAAAGCAGAUGAAGCCCAUGCUAGAAGAUGUUUUUCUUCUGAUCAGAUGAAACACUCACCUAAAUCAAGUUUGGACCCUAACUUCUGCCAGGAUAACUCUCGAAGUCCUACCAACUCUAAAGAGAGCCUCCAGGAGGCAAAAAGGCCACAGUAUAGUUCUGAAACCCAGUCCAAAAAAGUAUUCUUAAAUAAGGCUGCCGAUUUCAUUGAAGAGCUGUCAUCCCUUUUCAAAGCCCACAGCUCCAAAAGGAUUAGACCUCGUGCCUGCAAAAACCACAAGAAUAAACUGGAAUCUCAAAGCAAAGUUAUGCAGGAAAACAGCUCCAGUUUCUCAGAUCUAUCAGAAGGAAGAGAAAGAUCUUCUGUUCCCAUCCCUAUCCCUGCAGAUACCAGGGAUAAUGAAGUGAACCAUGCCCUUGAACAGCAGGAAGCCAAGAGGCGCGAAGCUGAGCAGGCUGCCAGUGAGGCAGAUGGGGGAGACACCACCCCAGGGUCUUCUCCUUCGUCUUUGUACUAUGAAGAACCUCUGGGGCAACCUCCCCGGUUCACUCAAAAGUUACGGAGCAGAGAAGUUCCAGAAGGAACCAGAGUACAGUUGGAUUGCAUAGUGGUAGGAAUUCCACCACCUGAAGUAAGGUGGUACUGUGAAGGCAAGGAGCUUGAAAAUUCCCCAGACGUUCACAUCAUCCAGGCAGGAAAACUGCACUCACUGACCAUUGCUGAAGCCUUUGAAGAGGACACAGGACGCUAUUCCUGCUUUGCUUCUAACAUCUAUGGGACAGAUUCAACUUCUGCUGAGAUUUACAUAGAAGGGGUUUCUUCUUCUGACUCAGAAGGGGACCCUAACAAGGACGAAAUGAAUCGAAUCCAGAAGCCAAGUGAGGUGUCAUCCCCUCCCACUACUUCUGCAGCCAUUCCUUCAGCAGUACCCCAAGCCCAGCCUGUGGUGGCCCAGCCCAGUGUGUCAACCAUUCAGCAGUGUCAGAGCCCUCCCAACUAUCUGCAAGGAUUGGAUGGAAAACCUAUCAUUGCAGCUCCUGUGUUUACAAAGAUGUUACAAAAUUUAUCAGCCUCUGAGGGUCAGCUAGUUGUCUUUGAAUGCAGAGUAAAAGGAGCUCCAUCUCCUAAAGUUGAGUGGUACAGAGAAGGGACCUUGAUAGAAGAUUCUCCAGAUUUUAGAAUUUUACAGAAAAAACCUCGAUCCAUGGCAGAGCCAGAGGAGAUCUGUACUUUGGUCAUUGCUGAGGUAUUUGCAGAAGACUCUGGGUGCUUCACCUGUACUGCAAGCAAUAAAUACGGCACAGUGUCAAGCAUUGCACAGCUAGAUGUAAGAGGAAAUGAAGACCCCAGAAACAAUGGGUCUCUUCACUCAGUCAACUCUACCACCAACCUGGCUGUUAUUGAGCAACAGUCAUCCCCACCCAACCCAGAGCCUCCUUCUGUGGAACAACUCCCUAAACCCAAACUGGAAGGCGUUCUGGUGAAUCACAACGAGCCCCGGUCCAGCUCAAGGAUCGGGCUCCGUGUCCACUUCAACCUGCCUGAAGAUGACAAAGGAAGUGAAGCAUCCUCUGAGGGUGGCAUGGUGACCACCAACCAGACCAGGCCUGAUUCCUUCCAGGAGAGAUUCAAUGGACAGUCAGCAAAAAUCCCUGAGCCUUCCUCGCCCGUCAAAGAGCCCCCUCCGGUUCUGGCCAAACCCAAACUAGAUUCCAGCCAGCUACAACAGCUUCACAACCAAGUCUUACUGGAACAACAGCAGUUGCAACACCCAUCUACUUCAUCUCCUAAGGAGUUUCCUUUCAACAUGAGUGUUUCGACCUCCACUGCUGGCCCAGCGGUGACAAUGUCCGGCAAGCAGGUGAAGGCCCCUUCAUCACAGACAUUCAGCUUGGCCCGGCCAAAGCACUUCUUCCCCUCCACAAGCACGACCGCAGCCACCGUGUCCCCUUCCAGCUCUCCAGUGUUCACCCUGAUCAGCACUCCUCAAGCCAUGCAGAGGACAGUGAGCAAAGAAAGCCUCUUAGUUCCUCAGCCCUCGGCGCAAACCAAAUCUCUGGGAGGGGUAUCGGUCCAAAACGAGCCACCUCCUCCAGGUCCGACAGAGCCAGCACAACUGCCACUCACAUUUUCCACCGCCAGCGGAAACCAGUUUCAGCCCCACUGCGUGUCCCCAACUCCUGUCUCUCCCACCAGCCGGAUUCAGAACCCAGUGGCUUUCCUCAGCUCCGUCCUGCCUUCUCUCCCUGCCAUCCCACCCACCAAUGCCAUGGGGCUGCCUAGAAGCGCACCAUCCGUGCCAUCCCAGGGACUAAUGAAGAAACAUAUGAAGUCUUCCCAACCAGUGAAUGAUGAUUACAUUCGUGAAACUAAGAAUGCAGUGAUUCUAGACUUGGGGAAAAAAAUGAAUUUCAGUGACGUCAGAUCAAACCAGCAGGAGUACAAAAUUUCAAGCUUUGAGCAGAGGCUGAUGAAUGAAAUAGAGUUUCGCUUGGAACGCACCCCUGUUGAUGAAUCAGAUGAUGAAAUCCAACAUGAUGAGAUCCCCACGGGCAAGUGUAUUGCUCCCAUCUUUGACAAAAGACUCAAGCACUUCCGGGUCACCGAAGGCUCUCCAGUGACAUUCACCUGCAAAAUUGUUGGGAUACCCGUCCCAAAGGUUUACUGGUUCAAAGAUGGGAAGCAGAUUUCAAAAAGAAAUGAGCACUUCAAAAUGAGGCGAGAAGGAGACGGGACAUGUUCUCUGUACAUUGACUCCACCACCGGCGAUGACGACGGCAACUACACCAUCAUGGCGGCCAACCCCCAGGGGAGAAUCAGCUGUUCUGGCCACUUAAUGGUACAAGGUUUGCCCAUUCGAAGUCGACUAACAGCUGCUGGUCAGCCUCACAGAGUAAGGUCCCGAGCGCAAGAAAGAGACAAAGAACCCCUACAGGAACGAUUUUUCCGACCACAUUUCCUGCAGGCUCCUGGGGAUAUGGUAGCUCACGAGGGGCGCCUCUGUCGCCUGGACUGUAAGGUGAGUGGCUUGCCACCUCCGGAGCUGACAUGGCUGCUCAACGGCCAGCCUGUGCUCCCCGACACCUCCCACAAGAUGCUGGUCAGGGAGACUGGAGUCCACUCUUUGCUCAUUGACCCGCUCACUCAACGUGACGCAGGGACCUACACCUGUGUCGCCACCAACAAAACCGGGCAGAAUUCCUUUAGUCUGGACCUCACCGUAGUAGCCAAAGAAGUGAAGAAAGCACCUGUAAUCCUGGAGAAACUGCAGAACAGCGGCGUUCCCGAAGGCCACCCAGUGAGACUGGAGUGCCGGGUGAUAGGCAUGCCUCCACCUGUGUUCUACUGGAAGAAAGACAACGAGACCAUCCCCUUCACCAGAGAGAGGAUCAGCAUGCACCAGGACACAACUGGGUAUGUCUGCCUCCUCAUUCAGCCAGCCAAGAAAUCAGACGCUGGAUGGUACACAUUGUCAGCCAAGAAUGAAGCCGGCAUCGUGUCAUGCACUGCCAGGUUGGAUAUAUAUGCUCAGUGGCACCACCAGAUCCCACCACCCAUGUCUGUCCGGCCCAGUGGCAGUCGCUAUGGAUCACUCACCAGUAAAGGACUUGACAUUUUCUCUGCUUUCUCCUCCAUGGAAAGCACAAUGGUGUAUUCAUGCUCUUCUCGGAGUGUAGUGGAGAGUGAUGAACUUUAAGAAUGUCUGGGUGCCUGCUGUGUAAGGGGGUGGAUUGUGGAGGGGGAAGGAAGACCAGCCAGAUAAGAUGGUUUCCAAGCAACUGGAUUUGAGUAAGUUCCCACACUGCCCGACCUGUGGCAAGGAGAGCUUUGAGUAAGUCAGCUGGGGACUCGUGCAGUCUCAGCUCAGGGAGAGAUGGAGGGCUGUGCCUUUUAAGAUUCCAACAAAAUGAGAAGACAAUACCGCCGAACCAAAGAUGUCAUGCAGCUGCCAUCCACUGCUUUGGGAAAAAGCUAGCAUGCUUCCCUGCCCCCUGCUGCGUUGGGGUAUUCAGGCCCUCCUAGGAGCAAUUAGGGGUCAGAUGCUUGGGCUGAGAGGAGUUGGACAGUAGUGACCUUAGGAAUCACUAACUCACUAAACAAUGCAAAGGAAAAAGUCAGGGGGGUCUCCACCACCUUUCACUGAUUGCAUCCAUAGCAGUAGUUUUGGUGGAUUCAUUAAAUCAGCUUCUACUUAGCACUAGGAGUCUGUGCCAUACAACUCACAUACGUGGAGGAGCACUUUUGAUUUGCUUACCCUGGGUGUACUGAGCCACAUAAUAAAGUGCCAAAAUGUGAUUGAGAUACCAAAAAAAAAAAAAUCACUGGAACACUAAGUGUUGCACAGUGCACUUAUUCUAUAGCCAAAACAGGGACCCACCACCCUGCCUGUACCAUUUUCUUUUGGAUACAAUGGUGAGUGGUUUUUUUUCUGACUAUAUAUAUAUAUCCCUAGGCUCUAGAACUAAAGGGUUGUUAAUAAACCAACCAGAAGGAAAUCUUCUGCGGGGUCACUUUUAAAACUACAAGCUUCAGUUGCCACUUGCAAAAAUAUUCAGGCAUCAUCAUCAUCUGCCCAAAGAAUAUUGGCUCUCCCGCUUCUCCCCUUGCCCCAAAAGUCUGCAAGUAUAUGAAGCAGUGAGAAAGGAAGAAAUGCAAACUAGAAGAGGAAGUGAUGGGAGAGUGGAUUUUGUUUUUUCAUUUGCCCGAGCAAAGCAGUGGCUGUAGAAGGAGAGGUCUUUACUAGUUGUGAACUGCUUUGAGAUCAUUAGUCAAAUUGCAUUUUCUAUACAGAAAAUAUUAUGCUAACUGAGAAAGUGGGAGGGACAGGGCAUGUGCAUCUUUAUUCUAACCCACUAAUUCAAAACCUGCCUCUCCACUUAAGGAAUUUUUAGACUUAAGUUCACUGUGAUAUCCCAGUGCCUAGAAGAGUGCUUAGCACAAAGUAGACAUUCGAUAACUAUUUGUUGGAUGAAUGAAUCUUAUAUUAGAGAAAUCUACAAUGUAUGCACCAGUCAAAAAAUUGCCCUAGGGAUGGUCAUCAUGGCACGGUUUGCUCCAGAUUCACCAGGGAAAUGAAUUGGAGUGUCUGUUACCAACUCCUUGUGCCCAAGUCCUUGGUGUUCUCUGAGCCAGACAUCCUCAGCUGGCAUCUUACUCAAGUGAACAAAUAGUAAUUGCUUAGAAAGGCUUGAAAUUUUCUUCACUUCAAGGCAAGGAUUUCCAGUAUAAAAAUAAAUUCAUUCACUCAAAAAAUCAUUUGUGUGUCCACUCUGUAUAAGACGCUAUGCUAGAGACUAUGGGCCAUACACAAAUAUGAUAAGACACAGUCCCUGCCUGCAGAAAGCUUACAAUCUAGUGGGGGAGGUAAGAAAAAAGGCAUGUCAAGUGCUGCUUCUUUGGCCAAAAGUCUAUUUUUUAUUAAAGGGAAGUUUCCAGUACUCUUCAUCCUGUAUUUUUCCUGACUCUAAAAUCAUCUUAAUUAUUUUCAAUCUUUAUUUCUUAAUUAAAUAAAAAACCAUAAGUUACAUCCUUAAGAAAUAAAGAUUUCAGCCAAUUAUUUAGCAGAAUUAUUAGACUUUUUCCUUUCUUAUGUAUGCAGGAACAAUAGUAAAAGUAUAGGCAACUGUAAUGAAAUUGAAUGCAUUCCAUACAGAAUGCACCCUGUAAAAUAUUCUGUUUCUAUAUUGGCUUCUAUUAUCAAAUCUCUUUAUGACCAAAGAGCAUUUUGUAACUCCAGGAUUGCUUCUCCACAGUUGGACACCCAACCUCCUCAUCACAUCUAUUAACGUAAACUCUAGACAGUCUCCAAUGAGAGGAUAUUCUUCAUCUCUCUAUGUAUUCGCCUUCUGAAUAUUUUUUUUUCUGAAUCUUUUUUAUCUGUUGUUUUACAGUGUUCAACAGUGAACUAUGAUAAAUAUUACAUUUGGCCACUAGAUGGCACUGUCGAACCUAAAAUAUAACAAGCUUUAAAAUUCCUCGAAUUUGAACUUCCGGAUUAUGUUACAGGAAAGUUUCUCAACCUCAGCACUCUUGACAUUUGGGGCUGGAUAAUUCGUUGUUGUGAGGGACUAUCCUGCACGCUGGAGGAUGUUUAGCAGCAUCCUUGGCUUCUACUCACUGGAUGCCAAUAGCAGAGCAACCCCUCCCCAAGUUGUGGCCACCCGAAAUGUCCCCAGACAUUGCCAUAUAUUCCCCGGGAGGCAGGAUCCCCUUUGUUGAGAACUACUGUGUUGAACAAAUCCAAAUUCUAUUGGAAUUCAAUUACAACGAGGAAUACUUAUAUAAGAAAUUUUAGUUCUGCUGGAUAUGUGUGGACUCAACACAUCCAAAAUCAGAUUCAUCAUCUUCCCUUUCAUAAACCAUUCAUCAUCCUAGUUUAAUGAUUUCUAUUAAUGGCACCAUCACAGUCCUAGUAAUCUAAAUAAAGAGUAUCCAAGUCAUUUUUUGCUUCCUCUAAUCAACUGACAAAUCAUGUUAAUUCUAACUCGAUUAUUUCUUUUAUAUUCAGGCCUUCUUUCUGUCCCUCCGUGGUUCCCCAGUUCAGACUUUCAUUACUCUCUUAAUUUCCCUCAAUUCUUCUGACUUCAACCAUAAUAAGAGACUUCUAAUUGGUCUUCCUGCCUCUAGUCCUGCUUUUUCUCCCACUCAAAUCUAGCUGAGAUCUCAGCAUCAGAUCAUUCUUCCUGAAGUACUGCUCCAAUCAUAUCAUUCCCCAAUUUUCGAACCCCCAGUGGCUCCUUGGAGCCAACCCAGGCCAGCUGUUCUGUCCUGUGCUACUCAAGCCUUGCUUCAAUAUGAUCCCAAAGCUUUUCAUCCAUUACUCAGAAAACACACCCAGUGCACCAGCAAAGUUAACACAGGCCUCAGCUUUCCAGCCACAUGGCUCUUUUUUGCCUCCAGCUGGAAGGCUUUCUCCCCAAUCCCCACCUACAGAAAUCUUACCUGUUCCUUAAACAUCUCAAAUCCUACUUUACUGCCUCUAUGAAAUAUUUUCUGACACCCCCAGACCCCAAUAAAAUAUAAUUCUACUUUUUUUGGAAUCUUAUAGCAAAUUUCUUGAGUCUGGAAAAAGAGAAGAUGAAUUUGUAUAGUAUUUUAUAUAAAACACAGCCUCUAUAUACCUGCCUGACUCUCCCCUUGCACUAGCCCAGUCUUGCCUGCACUAGAUUUUAGCUAUUUGUUAGUAAGGACUGUGUCAAAAGUUUGCUUUAUACAGAGUAGGCACUCAAUAAAUAUUUAUUGACCUAAAUUGGACUUUAAAAUUCUAUGUAAGUCAGUAUGUUUCCAUAUAAAAUGAAUUGAGUCUAGAGCAGUGGUUUUUAACCUUGGCACACUAGAAUCUCCUGGGGAACUUUUAAAAAUCCCAAUAGCCAUGCCACAACCCCAAAUCACUGUCAUAAGUUCUGGGGUUCUGGCAUAGGCAUCAGUAUUUUUAAAGCUUCCCAGGUGAUUCCAAUGAGCAAGUGAGAUUGAGAAGAAUCAUUUUAUUACCAUGAUUUGAUCACAGAACUUACCCUAAAAGGUCCGAAGGGCUGCAGAUAGCAUAGGCUGUAGCGUCGGCGUCAGUGAAGAAUGUACUUCCUCCUUGUUGCACGUGCAGUGCAUGUCUGGAAAGUAGAAAUAAACAUGCACUUUGGCCUUAUUAGACCCUACUAUUUUGCACUACACUUGUUGGACAUGCAGCAUUCAUGAAGCCCUCGGAGAAAUCUCCAAAACCGCAAAAAUGGCCCGGGGAAAGAGGGAAAGUUGGUACAAUCCUUCUGGCCCUUUUUUCAAAAAGCUAUGCAGAUCUCAUAAGCACCCUUCUUUCCAAACAAGUGAAGGGCUUUUCAUAACUUGGUUAGUCAUGGAAAUGGGGAUCAGAGGGAAAAUGGAGAAAGAAAAUGCAGCAUUAAAACCAAACCGCCGGACUUCCCUGGUGGCACAGUGCUUAAGAAUAUGCCUGCCAAUGCAGGGACACGGGUUCGAGCCCUGGUCCAGGAAGAUCCCACAUGCCAUGGAGCGACUAAGCCCGUGCGCCACAACUACUGAAGCUGGCGUGCCUAGAGCCCAUGCUCCGCCACAAGAGAAGCCACCGCAAUGAGAAGCCUGCACACCAAAACGAAGACCCAAUGCAGCCAAAGAUAAAUUAAUUAAUUAAUUAAAAAAAAAAAAACCAAACCGCCAAGCAGCUAAUAGAAGAAAGACUACUUCCUCCUUUUUUGUGUCUACAUGUCCAAGCUACAGUGUCUGAGGUCCUUUCUGCUUCUAUCCCCAUUCCGUGUUUUUCUCUGAGAUGCCCUGUGCCCCAUGUUCUGUAACCCCCCAUGCUGUAACCCAUCCCCUCACUGCUUCCCCACAACCUGCCAACAUGUCUCAUGCUCCAAAAUGACCUAACUCCUGUUCCAUGCAUCUUGGCUUAGGGGUCAGAAGAAAGCAGUCCAACUGAACAAAUCCUGAAUGCCUGAGAGUCUAACUUCAGAGGAGCUGAGCUUUUAAAAGCAGUUGCUUCCUUACUUCCAUCAACUUCUAAUAGAUGGAACUGCUGGCAAAAGGAAAAAAAAAAAAAAAAAAAUCAGGCCGGGAGGGGAGGUCUAGAAAACUGAGUCAGACAUCCAAGUUAUUCUGGUUGAUCACAGCCUCCUCCUGUCCUCUUCCUCCCUACACACUCCCAAAGAACCUUCCAAGCUGAGAUCCUGGCCUGAGUCUGUUUGUAUAUGGGCUAUUUAUAAGUUGGUUGUAAACUCAAAGGCAAAUUUACUCAUAAUGACCUUUAUUCAAGGUCCCUUCAGGGGUAACCUGGACUCAAAGUAUUUCCACUUACGGUCGAGUUGAAAAUCACUGGGCCUCACCAGGAAGAUGAACAGAUACUUAGAUUGCAAUAGAGCUUGUUGAAGUCCUUUUCACCACUGAUUGUCUUUUCUUGUUUUAAGUGGAUCAAUAUUUCAGAAAGUUAAUUACUGAAGCAUUGCUUGAAGAAUACCAAGCAUCUUCUAAACUUUGACAAUGCAGUGGUCAUCAGUAUGCUAAAAAAAGUUGCUACUACCAUGUUUUUUAAAAAAUCUGUGCGAUGCAAAAAAAAUGCAUAUUUGUUAAAAAUAUGUUUGCCUCCUUUUUCUGCCUAAUUAUAUUAGUUAGCAUACUUGGUGCUAUAGAACCAUAAACAGGCUGUUUUUUGUUCGUAUUUAAGUAAUGGCCACUUCAAACUCCGAAGAGCAAUAGCCUUGAAAUUGCAAGAAAUAGAGAAAGAACACACUUUUCAAUCCUCUGAGAAUUGUGCCAUAAAUGCUGAGUGUAAGCAAUAAAGAAAAUUGCUGUACUGUAGAGGCAUAUAUACUAAUUUGCUAAAAGAUUUAACAUACAAGUGAGUAGAAAAUGUUUCCCUAAUAGUAAAAACUAAAAUAUUUCAACAUUAUUUGACAAUAAAUAUUUGACAGUUGACAUAAAUGGGCAUUUUUCUUUAAAAUGCAGAAAACAGUGCUAGUUUCCAGGUUUAAAGAUUGUGUUUUUUUGAUGAUGAUUGAACUGAUUUUUUAAUGUACAAAUACAUAUAUUCGAUACUUAAAAGAGAUUUUUUAAAUUACUCAAAUUGUAAAAUUACCACAUACGUUAUAACCUGGUCAGAUAUCUCUAGAGGAACAGAAAGAUAACUGGGUUUUAGUCUUCCUAAAAUAUCCAGCAAGUCCAGUAAACUUCUCAUAGAAUGUCUUUUACUUUCUAAUAUAAAAAUUCGUUCUACCUCCUAACUGAAAACAGGGACACAUUAAAAUGAAACUUAAAGAUGGGAAAGAUGGGGGUGGCAGGGUGGGGGAUGCUUGACCAGUUUUGAUUGGAAAUGAAUGGAGUUACAAUUAUAGUUUUCUUACAAUAAGAAGUACUUUAAUACACACUAAGAAACAUGAAUGAUUUUCAUAUAAUGUGGUAAGAAUUAAUUGCUCAACGUUCCAAAAUUCCAAAGAACCUGAUGUUUCUACACAUAUUCAGUGAGUUAUCUGCAAACUGGAGACAGAUUCCUAUAAUUUCCCCACAAUUAGUGGGGCAAGAAUCCAGUGAACUAACUACAUUCUAGUAUUGACCACAGCAGUCAUUACCAAAAGAUUACUAAAUGUAUGUGCACACAGUAUAAACAGUUUUACCAUUUUGGGGGUUUUUUUUGGCUGCGUUGGGUCUUCGUUGCUGCGCGCGGGCUUUCUCUAGUUGUGGAGAGCGGGGUCUACUCUUCAUUGUGGUGCGCGGGCUUCUCAUCGUGGUUGCAGAGCACGGGCUCUAGAAGCACAGGCUUCAGUAGUUACAGCAUGCAGGCUCAGUACUUGUGGCUCGCGGGCUCUAGAGCGCAAGCUCAGUAGUUGUGGCGCACGGGCUUAGUUGCUCUGCAGCAUGUGGGAUCUUCCCAGACCAGGGCUUGAACCCGUGUUCCCUGAAUUGUCAGGCGUAUUCUUAACCACUGCGCCACCAGGGAAGUCCCGUUUUACUGUGUAUUUUAAGGAGAGGUAAAACCCUGAAAUAAUUCAAAUGAGAUAAUUUGAGUGCAACUGUAUUUUUUAAUGCACACUGGUUAAUUAACUUUUACUUUCUCAGUAUUUUGAUUUCAGAGGUACCAUAUCCUCUUUUCUGAUUAAAUUUCACUUAUUUUUUCCAAGCUUUAGCAUUAAGUUUCAUGACCUACUCUUCUCUCUCAUUAUCUUCCUGUCAAGAUAAAAAUCUAUAAAACAUUUAAUAGCAUUCGGAGAGCUCCUUAUGUCUAGGAAUUCUCAGGUGAAUUCCAAUAGGGAUUUUAAUCAUUCAGAUGAAUUUCAGAUACGUUCUCUAAUUUUGUUAUAACUCUGGAGUCUCUAUUUCUUUAUCUGUGAAAUAAACAAAAUAUCUGAGACUUUCCCAGGAUGGAGGGUAGGAUAAAUAAAUACUUAGGAAGUUUACUGUAGAGACCCUUUAAAAAAGUGAUAGCAGGGGUUUUUUCAAUCCAAAGAAAAUGGUAAAAAUAUUUUUCUCCAAAGUAAGUAGUUAAUUUGUUUAACAAGUUCACAUUUCUUCCCGGUCCCACUACUUUGUAUUUCCUGAGAAGGGUAGUACACAGUGGGAGAAUUUCUUCUUCCAAGAUGCUAUGUGUGAAGAACCUAGGGGUAAGACGGGAAUAAAGACACAGACCUACUAGAGAAUGGACUUGAGGAUAUGGGGAGGGGGAGGGGUGAGCUGUGACGGGGUGAGAGAGUGGCACGGACAUAUAUACACUACCAAACGUAAAAUAGAUAGCUAGUGGGAAGCAGCUGCAUAGCACAGGGAGAUCAGCUCGGUGCUUUGUGACCACCUAGAGGAGUGGGAUGGGGAGGGUGGGAGGGAGGGAGACGCAAGAGGGAAGAGAUAUGGGAACAUAUGUAUACGUAUAACUGAUUCACUUUGUUAUAAAGCAGAAACUAACACACCAUUGUAAAGCAAUUAUACUCCAAUAAAGAUGUAAAAAAAAAAGAUGCUAUGUGGUUGAAAAAAAUCUGGAGAAAAAUUAAAUAAAUUCAAGAAAUAUCCUAUCUGCUUUCUACAGGCAGAUUCCAGGGAAAUUUAUUUCAACAUAGGCAGAAUAGCCUAAGGGAACUCAGAGUCCUGCGUCUAUGAUCGAAGCUAGUGGAAAUAAUGACUCCGCAGUGCACAGAGAAAUAGCAAAAGAGUCCCUGUAUUCCUUUCUGGAUUACGCAGUUCAGGACAACUCCAUUGUACUUCUCUAGGCUCUAAUGAAGAAAUAUUCCACACUAGCAUGUCAUUAGCCUUAUGUUGAAAUGAAUCAACCUUAGGAUAACAGAUGGAUACGGACCCUCAAAAAUGAACAUAUCCUUUGGUCUCUGUUUUCAAAUUCUUAGCUACAUCAAGUCUGAAUUUAAACUCCAUGAUUCAUUUCAGCCAUGAGAACUGACAAAGUUCUUGUGUCCGAAGGCAUGUGCACACACACACCAACACACACACACACCAACACACACACACACACACCCAUAGCUAACAGUUCAAUCAUGGUCAAGGGACACAUCUUAUGCUUUUCCUUUCUCUUCCUGCAUGAGUUCUUUCCACUUAAAAACACACCAGGCCCCAGAAGGCUUACAAACAUGAUAUGCUUCCAUCUCAGGAAGCUAGAGUCAACUUAUUUUCUAAAGUAUCUUUUUGGUUAUUGAAAUCCUAAUGGAAAAACUAUUUUAGUAACCAUUUUGAAAUGUGUGAACUAUAUAAACCGUAUAUUUCGUCUCUAUUACUAGAAAGCAAUGAAUGGAUCUUGGCUUUUAUUCCUUUCCUCUGCAUCGUGCAUGUUAGAUAUUCUUUGGAAAUGAAAACCAAUGAUCGCUUAAGCCAAAAUGUUUUUGAGCAUUUACUGUGUCUUUCUCCAGGAAGUAUAUGGCAUUGUAUUCCAGUAGCCCACAUCAUCUCCAUGACACCCAUUGCUGUUUCCUAGUUGUGUUUUCUUAAAGAUUUAUUGGAGGUUGUGUUUUGUUUGCAAACUCUGCAAUUAGAAAAAGAAAAAUUAAGAACCAGUAUUUAAUUCAACCUGGAUGUUUUAAAAAGCAGUUUAGAGGAUGUGAUGGACUGUUUCUUUAUUCAUUAAAUAAAAUUUUAUUUAUUCUCAGUUA